AAACAAAAACGAAAUCUAGGUAGGUUAUUUAUGCAUUUUUUUUUUCCCGGCUUUACUAAAUGUGCGUAUCGAAGGCUCAUACGCACCCUUGACUCAGUCCCCGUCAAUGGAGACGUUAGGUUCAAGCCCAACUCAGUCUCCCUCUCCCUCUUCUUCUUCUUCUUCAACGUUCAAUUCAACGAGUUCAAAUCUCCAGAACUGUAAUAGCUUCAGAUAUUCUCAACCGGCUUCAGUGACUCGGCCAUGGAGAUUGGUUGCUCAGAGAAACAUCAGAAAUCAAUUUUCGAGAUUAGUUUCUUACAGACAGCAGUGGAUGUCUUUAUCGUCAAGCGGAAGAACGCAUGCUACAUCUAUUGUUAACGCUUAUCUUUCUCAGAAAUACAUGCAAGCAAUGGAUUUGGGUGCUCUGCAGGACAUGCCUAAUAUUCGAAAGAAGGCUUGUAGGAAAUUGUUUCUGCGGCAGGAUCUCAAUCGAAGAAAGCUUUUAUCAACUUACAAGGACAUGGUUGUUGUUGUAACUAAUAUGGUCAACACUAGUGGUUCCAUGCGGUGUUUUCUCAAAGGGACAAGCAAUAGUCCACAUGUGCAGUUUUCUGAUGAUGUUGGUGAUUGUGGAGGGAUACCAGUCUUUGCAUUUUUGUCAAUCUCUUAUUUUGAGAAAUUAGCACAAGAACUUGUUGAGAUGUUCAUAUUGGAAUUAAAUUUGAAGCGGUUGCUUGUACUGGAUUUACUUUGCAUCAGUCAUGAGACAGCUCAACAAGUCAAUUUGCAUUGGUCUAAUGAGCUUUAUCCUGGGGAAUUUGAUGAUUUGAGCAAAUGCAACUUGUAUUCCAAAGAAAAUUGUGAGCUGGUGCCUCCAACAAUAAGGGGCCUUAAGUCAGAUACUCCGGCUAUGCAAUCUAACCAUCAACCAAACAACGAGGUGUUACAGGUUUAUCUAACAACAUGGCUUGCUGAGGUGAACAUAGAUACUUACAGGGUGGAUGAAAUAUUUGUAGUGGCUGGAGAAGAAAUGCAUGUUAACCUUUGAUGAAUUGUACCGGAAUGAUUGAUAGGAUCAACAAUGACCACCUGUCACAUGUGAAGGCCAAGUAGGUGCCGUUUUCAGAUUUGGGUGUUAUGUGCUUUUUCAGUAAUCAGAUUCUGGGCAUCUUUUUCACUACUUCAGGAGUCUUUUAACAGUCUUUGGCAGAAUAGUUGAUGGGCUGUUAGUGUGUCCAGAGACUUUGGAUCAGAUCAGGGGCUAUGCCAGGGAGAAGAUUUCAGACUUAGGAAGACUACUGUUGGUUGCCGAUUGGAUCCUGAAUUUUCUCCACUCAAAAAGAAGAGAGAAUAAUUCUAGCGUUCAACAUUUUGUUUCGCACUGGGGGUUUCCCAUGUCUUGUCUUCUAUUAUUCCGUGAAAUCUCUCCAAUUUUAUUAUGAGCCAUUAAACGGGCAAACAACUAAUCACAUUCAAUAAUUGCUUAAUAAUUGCUAGAGAUCUUUCUUUAA